CAGUGCGCGGGGGGCUCGAGCGAAUUCAUUCGCCGGCUUUCAACAAGAACGCGUCGAAGAGACGUAGACAUAUAUACAAUAUCGUGAUUUUAACGUUUCGUUUUCAUUCGGCUUGAUAUACGAGAUAUAAAUUACACGAUUUAGAUAUAAAUAUAUAUAUAUAUAGAUAUAUAUUUAUAUAUAUAUAUAUAUAUAUUUAUUAUUUAUCCAUUAUAUUCGGUGUCGAAAGAGAAUUCGAGAUAAUAUAAUUGUGAAGAAGAGAGAUGGCCGGGGAAAAGCGUACACAGGAACAAGAAGAUACUAUGCUAUCUCAAACGACAAUUCUGCUUGACAUCGAGGGUACGACGACGAGCAUAAGCUUCGUGAAGGAAGUUUUAUUUCCUUAUGUGAGAGACAAUUUAAAAAAAUACAUAACCGAUGGUUGGACACGUGACGACUUCAAAGAAGAUUAUAAGAAAUUAAAAGAACAGGCUAAGAAAGAUGAAGAUGACAAAGUUGAAGGCUUUGUUCCAAUUACUGGUAAUAAUGUUGAAGAAGAACAAGAAUCAUUGAUGAAAAAUAUCCUCUGGCAAAUGGAUAAUGAUCGUAAAACAACUUCGCUUAAACAACUGCAAGGUCACAUGUUUUCUGAAGCUUAUAAAACAGGAAUCUUGAAAGGAAGGGUUUACGACGAUGUACCCAAGUCAUUGGAAUUAUGGGUUAACAAUGGAAAAAAAAUCUAUGUCUAUUCGAGUGGUAGUGUUGAGUUACAGAAAUUACAUUUCGGCCAUUCCGAGCAUGGCGAUUUAUUAAAGUAUUUCAGUGGAUUCUUUGAUACAGAAAUAGGAGCUAAACAAGAGUGCAACAGUUAUAAAAAUAUUUUAACGAAGUUAGGAGAAAAGGCCAAUAAUGUCAUAUUUCUCACGGAUGUUGUCAAAGAAGCAGCAGCUGCUAAAGAAGCUGGUAUAUUACCUAUUAUAGUUAUACGCGAAGGUAAUGUUGCAUUGACAGAUGAAGAAGCGAUUGCUUAUACGACUGUUAAGUCUUUCUUAGAUGUAACAUUUCAAACAUCAAAUAAACGUCAAAAAUUAAAUCCCACGGAACUGGAGAAAAAGGAUGAAUCUGUUAAUCCAAACAGCAGCAGUGAACCUAUGGAUACUUCAGAGGAUGUUGAAAUUCCUGAUGAUAAUACAAAAGAAAAGGAUAAUACAGAAACUAAAAGCCCACAACUCGAACAAGAAAUAAAAGUCAAGGCUGAUGAUGAAACUAAUCAAACAAUUCUAAAAGAUGAAAAUGAAACUAUGAAAGAUGUCAAAGAUAUCAAAGAUACAACUGUAACUAGUGCGAAAUCUGAGGAAAAAGAGCAAUCGGUAACUACUAAACCACCGGAAACUCCAACUAAAGUAGUUGGUGCUACAUCAAUUUCAGAUGAUGCUAUGGUGGUGGCAACCAAAAGCGAAUCUGUAUCAAAAUCAGAGACUGAUGAUAAUAAAAAGUGCACAAAGUCUGAGACCGUAGUUCAAAAUGAAACUACCACCAAUACAGUAAAAGAUAACAAAACCAGGGAGGAAGGAGGUGUCUCUGAGAAAUCUGCUGAAACAGAAACAAAAGAAGAGGGAUCGUCAUCAUCAACAACAAGCAGACAACAAAAUUCCAGUACAACUGAAGCAACAAAUUCUGCCGAAGAAGAAACAAUAUCAAAGACGACGAUAACGACGACGACGACGACGACGACGACUACACCACAGGUAUCCUCAAAGGUAGAGAAUCCACCAUUAUCAUCCGAUGCUACUAAAUCCGAUGAUGUUAUUACUACUGCAAAAAUAAAUAAAGAAGAAGAUACUAAAAUAGAAAAAGAAAAUAAAACUAAUGAUACUAAUAAGAAAGAAUCAAAAGAAGAACAAGAAAAAAGUAACGUUGUUGCAGCAGCAACAGCAGCAGCAGAGAAAUGUAAAGAUGGUGAUGCAAAGGUAGAGAAUCAAGAAGAAUCAAAAAAUAGAGAAACAAAGGAAAAUGUCGAAGUAAAAGCGUCAUUACCACCUAAAUCAGAAAAACAAUCAGAAAGUGUUGAAUCGAUAGAAAAAGAAUCAUCAUCAUCGAGCAAAGAAUCCGCGAAAGAAGAAACUGUUGUGUCGGAUGAAGUGAUGAAAGAUAAAAGUACAGUGGAAUCUGAGAAGAAAAAAUUAAAUGGAACAACACAAAAUGGAGGAGACGAUGUGCCAGUGUCGGAUGAAAAUUUACACAGAAAUGGACUUAACGAGGGAUCAUCAAGCGACAAAAUCACAUUGACAACAACAACAACAACAACAACAACAACAACCAGUGAGGAAAAACCUGCACAAAAUGGUGAGCCUCCUGAGAGUUCUACAGAUACUAGUGCAGAAUCUAUAAAAGUAAAAAAAGUCGUUGAUUCUGCCGUAGCAGAUGGUGCAGGUGAACCUGACGUUGUUCCCCCUGUAGUUGUAGCAGCGACUUCUUAAUCUUGUUCUUAAUACAUAUUAAGAAGUCCAUAACAUAACAAACCAACCAACCUCCCGCCCCGCCCUGCCCCGCCCCCCCAUUUCCCAGUACUUAUCUGCAGGUAUAAACUGAAAAGUUGGCUCCCUACAUCUUACAUAAAUCGUAUGAUGUUUAUAAAAUAUAAGAUGUUAAUUUAAGAUAGAAAGUCAUAGAAAAAAAAAAACAAAAAACAUCAUUUCUUUGAUAAGCGGAGCAAGACAAAAAAUAAUGUAAAGUCUUUUUUACGGUGUAUUAUUACAAA